AUGGGAAUUCUCAACGAGCCCACUUUACCAAAUAUUCCUGGAGUUCACGACUACAAGGGAGAAGCAUGGCAUACGGCCCGCUGGCCUGGAGACGGCGCCAGUCUUGACGGCAAGCGCGUGGCCAUCAUCGGCACAGGCGCAACCGCCAUCCAGACAAUCCAGGAGAUCGUUAAGACAGUUGGCUCUUUGACUGUAUUUCAGCGGACGCCCAAUUGGACUGCACCACUGCGGAAUACAAAGAUUAGUCCAGAGGAGAUGGCCGAUAUUCGAAGGCGGUAUCCUGAGAUCUUCCGCCAGUGCUUGGACUCUUACUCGUGUUUCAUACAUGUCGGUGACACGAGAAGUGUCUUUGACAUGGAAGAAAAAGAGCGCCUGGAUCAUUGGGAGAAACUUUAUGCACAGCCUGGGUUCGCCAAAGUGCUCGGCAUCUCAGGCGACAUUUAUACCAACCGUGAGGCGAAUAAACUCUACAGUGACUUCCACGCAAACAAAAUCCGCCAACGCGUCAUCGAUCCCAAAGUUGCGGAGAAACUUAUCCCGAAGAAUCACGGUUUUGGUACUCGUCGAGUCCCGCUUGAGAGCGGCUACUACGAGGCAUUUAACAGACCGAAUGUCCGCUUGGUCGACAUCACAGAGACCCCGAUUGAUCACAUCACGGAAAAGGGCAUCAAGACGAGCGAGGAAGACUUCGAAUUUGAUGCCAUCAUCUACGCAACAGGAUUCGACGCCAUCACUGGGUCAUUCCGGGCUGUAGACUUCCAGGGAAUCGGGGGCAAACAACUCACAGAUGUCUGGAGCGAGGGCAUCCAAACUUUCCUUGGCUUGACUGUCAAGGGAUUUCCAAACAUGUUCAUGGUUAUGGGACCGCACCAGAUGUUUGGAAACAUCCCCCGAAGCAUCGAGUACGCCGUAGAGUGGGUUGCAGAUUUCAUCCGGUAUGCUCGAGACAAUAACAUCACAUCUGUUGAGGCUACAGAUGAAGGCGUGCGCAUGUGGACGGAUCAUGUGUGGAAAUGCGGAGAAGGUCUUUUGGCUAACGAGGUGGACUCUUGGAUGACGGGUGUCAACAAGAACCUAGCUCAUAAGCAGAAGAGGUCUAUGACACGGUACAAUGGACCUGCACCCGGCUAUAGAAAGCGGUGCGAUGAGGUGAAGGCCAGGAAUUAUUCUGAUUUUGUGCUUGGAUGA